AAAAGUAAUGUCCUGUCCUCUCCUUAGUGUGUUUGAGGAGGCAUUUGCAGCCGCUGGCUGGGACUUCCAUUCAGACAGGCUGUGGGAUCUGUACGCCGAGUGGGAGAAGGAGCAGGGCAACCUGAAGUUCACGACUGACGUCUACGACCGAGUACUGAGGGUCCCCACACAGCUCUACAACACACAUUAUGAAAAACUGAAAACUCACCUAACCUCCCACCCACCUCAGGACGUCCUGUCCCCUGAGGAGUACAGUAAGGUGAGGAAUGAGUACAAACCGAGCCAGAUUCAAGCCAAAAAAGAGAGAUCUGAUAUCUGCGCUGAGGAAGAAGAGAGACCACCAGGGGAGGAAGAGCCUGCAGACAAUGGCAAGGACUCGGAAGAAGCUGUGCAGAAGAUGCAGGAGCUUCUGCUGGUCAACAGAGAGGAAGUGUACCAACAAAAUGAAGCAGAAGUCAGGAAGAGAUGGAACUUUGAGGAUGCUAUUAAAAGACCUUAUUUCCAUGUGAAGCCUCUGGAUAGAGCCCAGCUGAAAGCCUGGCAGAGCUAUCUGGACUGGGAGAUUUCAGAAGCAGAAACAGCGGCGCCUUUGGAAGGCUAUGAAGGCUCAAAACAAGAGUGUGUAGCUGGGCACAAGAGAGUACUGAUUCUGUUUGAACGCUGUCUCAUUGCUUGUGCACUCUAUGAGGAAUUCUGGAAUAAAUAUGUGCAUUACCUGGCACCACACGGGCUGGAGGAGGUGCGUAAUGUGUACCGCAGAGCUUGUGAAAUCCAUCUUCCGUACAAACACAGCAUCCACCUUCAGUGGGCCUCGUUUGAGGAAAAACAUGGUAUUAUAUCAGAGGCACAGCAUAUUCUAGAAUCACUUGAGAUGACAGUGCCUGGUUUGGCUGCGGUGCGUCUGAGGAGAGUAGGUCUGGAGCGGAGAGCAGGACGUUUGGAUGUGGCGGAGGCACUGCUGAAGGAGACGGUGGAGCAGAGUAAAGACAGUCCCCCACUCCAUGCCUUCUACUCCAUCAAACUGGCUCGCUUUCUUCACAAGCUGUGCAAGAACCCUGCCAGGGCCCGCACUGUUCUUCAGGAAGCCAUAGAGCUGAGUCCGGAUAAUGGUAGAUUGUAUCAGAACCUUCUGGAGCUGGAGAUGUCAGGUGACCUGCAGACUAAUGGAGGUGGGAUUCUACAGUGUGUGGCCAAAGCUCUUGCUGCUCCUCUCUCCCCAAAAACCAAAAUCCUUUUCUCACAACGUGGCCUGCAAUUUGCUGAGGACUUUGGGAGCACAGUACAGAGUGUGUUGAGCAUGUAUGAGGAGCACCAGAAGCUGCUGAAGGAACAUGAUGCAAAGAGACAAGCAGAGAAUAGCGAUAAUGAUGAUCCAGAAAAGAUGAGCAAAAUGGAUGAUGCAUCUGCCUUGACGGCACCACAGACGGCUCCACCCACAAUGCCUCACGUUCCCAUGACAACACCACCUCCCUCUAUGAUGGGCGGAGACAUGAGUGGAUCAUACGGGAGCUAUGGCAGCUGGUACCAGCAGCAACAGUAUGGAGGGUAUGGCAGCUACCAAAACCCAUGGAACCAGUACAAUCAGUACUACCCUACCAGUUAAAUCCCUUCAAAGAUGGAGGUCUGGGGUGCUGCUUCAUGUGAGCCACUCAUAUAUCCUCAAUCCUCCAAAAGCCACAGCAGUGCGUAACUUGAGCCAGUGUCAAAAGCGUGAGGGAUAAAUGUACAAAUCUAUUAUGAUGUUUUUAAAAGAUGUUAUCCUCUUUCCCUGAAUUUUUGGUACUAAGUGCCACCUUACAACCUAAAAUGCAUUUGUAGAUAGAUAUAGAUAUAGAUAUAUACCUGUUCAUGCUUGGUUUUGAAGUAAUUUAUCUGUGAAUUGUCAAAUUUAUUGACUUCCUGAAAUGUAUUGUGAACAUUUUUCUGUUGACCAUUUUGUACCAAUUAUUUUAAAAUGUUUAAAUUUAGGUUUAUUCUGUGCAGUCACCAUCUUAUAAGUUUAA